CACCGCUACCGCCGCCACCGCCGCCACCGCCACCGCCGCACGAAUGGGCCUCUGGCCGUGCCUGCCGGUCCUGCUGGUGGUCUGGACGUGUGCCUUGAGCGCCUCUUCACACCCGUCCGUGCCCGGCCGACUUCAGUCCGCGGCCACCGCCGCCCUCGCCGCCGGACAUGACCACGCGCGUCUGCGCCGCUCCCGGUCGUCUCAAUCAGGCGUCGGCCGGGACCGUGUCGUGAGGCCCAUCACUGUGCCCCCGCCGUUCGACACGGUCAACAAGUUCGACAGCGUGAUGAUCCACUGCGCCUUCUCCGGCUCGCCGGCGCCCUCCGUCGACUGGCUGAAGGACGGCCACCUGCUCAGAAAGGCGGGCCUGGCCGAAAAUCUGGAGGAGCAGACCAACAGCCUGGACGCGCUGCUCAGCGAGCCGAGCGAGACCCGCGCGGCCACCCACGCCCGCCUAUACCUGGACUGCAUGACCCCGCGGGAGCAGGGCAUCUACACGUGCCAGGGACAGACGGCGUUCAGCGUGGACAGCGCGUCCACCGAGCUGCUCGUGGACGACCCGGCGAGCGUGGAGGGCAUGGCCCUUUGCGAACGCGUCAAGGACAUGCGCGUGGCGCCGGCCCGGAUCGUGCAGUGGAGAUCGCAAAUGCUGGCAAUGAUGGGGAAGCGGGCCCGGCUGGUGUGCGAGACGACUGGCUUCCCGGCACCCCAGGUCACCUGGCACAAGGACGACCGGCUCGUCACCUACGAUGACCCCAGGCUGACGCUCAUGCCGAACGGUGACCUUAUCUUCGAUACCCUGAAGUGGUCUGACAUGGGCCUGUACCGGUGUACCGCUACCAACGAAUUCGCCACGGACACGGUGACCAGCUUCCUUUAUCCGUUCAAGCCUUCGAACUGAGCGGACCGCGUGCGAACGGGACGCGGACGACCACCAGCUACUGCCAUCUGUUGACAGUAACACGAAGACUGGCUUCCAUGCCGGACGUCGGGCGCGAAACGUUGGUGGUGGUUGGUGGGAACUGUAACGGCAUAAUUUAGUGAACUUGUUAUCUGAUGUGACCGUCAUGAAAUUAUGUACGGAAUUGAAAACACCGCGCGAACCCUGUACGACGCCAGUUGGUGGUUAAGUACUGAAUACCUGUUUUUGAAAUGCCUACUUCGGGUCGAAGUAGCCCUACGUGAUGGUUCUCUCACCUAAGCUUAAGUUUUGUUACACUUUGUAUUUUACAUUAUUUUGAAAUGAACAACUUACGUAGCUGUUUCAAACCCCUAGCUAGUUUUGACGCAGCUUUCUGAUGAUGAUUUUUUUAUAGAUAUGAGUGUAUGUGUAUCAUUCAUAAUUUCACAUCUGUUCAUCUAUCGUAUAGUAUUUAUUGCGUGGUCUUUUAGAGGUGAGCUGUGUGAGCUGUGUCUUGGAGAGCCCGUUUCGUCUUUAUCCUGUCCUAACCUGCAUGGAGGCAAAGUCUGUGAUAAAAUGAUUUGGUUCACGCUACCCGCAUAUGCAUUCAUCCCGCACCGGCUAACGGAAAGGCGCGCACUUCGUGUCAAGCCAUCCAAGGCUGUGUGUUGAAACAGUGCAUACCUUCCCUUCUAGCGGUACACCAGCAUCCGAAUGCCUGCAUUUUAAGGCACGUUAUCACGACACGGUAUACCCGUCAUGCGGCCGUCAGUCGAGAACUAAAUUACCAUGCGGUGCACCUCAGCUGUCCCGACAGUUUACAUUCCGUACAUGACAGAGGGCCCACAGCCUCUGAGUGUGCAUUUUCCAAGCAUCUUUGAGAGGGCUCUGUCGUUCUGUUGUGUCGCAUGGUACGUGGCAUCUGCUGGACCAGAGUUAUUUUGAUAUUCCAACCGCGCUGAAUACCACGUCGUGCAGGAUUAAAAUACAUGUCAGAGGAGUUCCAUAAUAAAUAUGA